GAUCUAAGUACCGCAGACAAAGAUGGUCGGACACCGCUAUCGGGGGCAGCGGAGAAGGGUGAAGAGGCAGCUGCGAAGUUUUUGCUCGAGAAAGGCGAUUUGGAUCUUAACGUAAAGGAUAAUAAUGGUCGGACGCCUCUGUUAUGGGCAGCUAUGAAUGAACAUUGGCGCGAGACUGAUUUUUUGCUUAACAAAGUCGCUGGUCCAAACAUCGCGGAUAAACGCGGUUGGACGCCUCUGAUAUGGGCAGCUUGGCGAGGGAGCGAGGAAGUAGUAAAGCUCUUGCUUGACAGAGGCGCCGAUCCAAAUACCGCUGACAAGGACGGUCGGACACCACUA